UGUGCUUAGCCAUGCCCCACCCUCCCUCCUCAAAUGCCAGGGAAGCUCUUUUAUCCGGUACUUUCCUGCAAGGCAGAAGAGCAGGACUGAGGGCACCCAGAGGCUGAAAGUCAGCCUCCUGCUCAGCUCCCACAAGGCUCCGGGCACAGCAUGACCCUAGUUUGGAAAUUGAGGUACUUCCGUGUCCUCGUCAUCCUCCUGGUGCUCUUGGUCCUCCUCUUGGGAACCUUUCUCAACACAGAAGUCAGAUUUCUGGUCCCCCUCUUCAGUGACCAGGAAUCCUUCCAUCCUGUGACCAACAUUAUGUUCCUGAAGACCCACAAGACUGCCAGCAGCACCAUCAUGAACAUCUUGUAUCGCUUCACAGAGAAGCAGAACCUCACGGUGGCCCUCCCUGCAGGGCAGCUUUUCCACCUGGGCUACCCCUGGCUCUUCUUGACGAAGUAUGUGGAAGGAUUCAAAUCCCUGAAUGGGACCUUUAACAUCAUGUGCAAUCACCUGAGAUUUAACCCCACAGAGGUAAAGAAAGUCAUGCCGAACAACACGUUCUACUUUUCCAUUUUGAGGAACCCGGUUUUCCAGCUGGAGUCGUCCUUCAUGUAUUACAAAAGCUACGCCCCGGCUUUUCAGAAGCCCAAGAGCUUGAAUGAGUUUUUGGCUUCUCCACUGAAGUACUACAAUGAACAAUUAGCCAUGAGAAACAUCUAUGCCAAGAAUAACAUGUGGUUUGACUUUGGCUACGACAACAACAGAGAGGGCAAAGAUUACGUGCGGGCCGUCAUCCAGGAGAUCCAGCAGCAGUUCCACCUCAUCCUCAUUUCCGACUAUUUCGACGAGUCCAUGGUCCUCCUGAGAAACAGCCUGCACUGGGAGCUGGACGAUGUGGUUUACUUCAAGCUGAACUCUCGGAGCGAGAGCACCAUCCAGAACCUGACCAGGGAGAACCAGGAGAAGGUGAGGGAGUGGUGUGCUUUGGACUGGGAACUUUACCAGCACUUCAAUAGGACUUUCUGGCGGAAGAUCAGGGAGGUCGUCGGGCUGAGGAAGCUGGCGAAGGAAGUGGCCCUCUUGAGGGCCAGGCAGCAGGAGCUCAUGGACAUCUGCAUCCAGGACGGGAAGCCCAAGAACAAGACCCAGAUCAAAGAUCUGAACCUCAGGCCCUACCAGUCUGGGGAUGCCAACAUCCUGGGCUACAACCUCAAACAACAGCUAGACAACGAGACACUGGCAAUGUGCCAGAGGAUGGUGAUGCCCGAGAUACAGUACAUGUCUCACUUGUACUCCCAGCAAUUCCCCACGAACCCCGCCAAGAAGAUCAGGCUGCAGUGAUGGGAAAGUGAUUGUCUUCAACCGGAAGCUCAAUGCUUGGGGGCUUGAGGGCCCUGUCAGAGGGUGACCACCAGACUCCUGAAGGCUCCCCAGACUCUGCUGUGGCCAGUGGGGAAAAGGCUUCAAAAAAGAGGGGUCCCAGGGACCACCUGGGGCUAAAGGGUCUCAACUCAAUCCAGAGUUUUAUUAAAAAAAAUCUACUGUGGAAUAUA